UUUUGAAGAAAUGUGAGGGAAUCCAACAGCGCCAAAGAUCUAAAAGGCCACAAACAAUUUGUGGCUCAAAAAUUUCCCUCUUUGAUGAUGUGGCAUCCCACCUCGUUAACUCUCUUUGCCUUUACCCAUAUUUCAAUUUCAGCCCCCAUUUCUACUGCUACUACCACUUCUUCUUUUUCCCUUCCUCUUCCUCUUCGAUCAAGAUUCAAAAGUCCGUUCGAAGCCCAACCACAUUAGCCAAAUACUGAGAACCGAGAGAAAAAAGACAGAAUUUCGGGAUAAAAAUCAAAUUUUAAGAAUGUCGGAGUCAAGAGACCCGGCCAUAAAGUUGUUUGGGAAGACUAUUGCUUUGCCGCUGAACCAGCAGCAGGAAGUUUCCCCCGAUGAUGACACAUCUGGGAUUGCUUGUGCUAUUUAUUCUGAUUCUGGUUUUGUUGCUGUUGAGACCUGCUCUGAUGAUGAUCAUAAGCUUCUUUCUUCUCCAACUACUACUUCGCGUGAAGAUUACACUGCCAAUGAAGGAGAUGGGCAAGAUGGCGAUGGAAAUAAGGUAUGUGUGAAAGAAACUUCAGUUAAAGAACUCAACUCAGAUAGAGAUGAUACCUCAGAUCAAAUUGCAGAAGACUCAAAAGAUCCUACAACAUCAUCUGGAAUUAGCGAUAAUCCUAAAACUCCCUCAGUUGAAAGAGAAACUUCAUCUUUGAAAACCUCUAAGAAUGAAGAACAGAGCAAUACCAGUAGUCCACAAGAAAAGACUCUGAAAAAGCCAGACAAGAUACUUCCAUGUCCAAGAUGUAAUAGCAUGGAAACCAAGUUUUGUUACUACAAUAAUUACAAUGUCAACCAGCCCCGUCAUUUCUGCAAAAAUUGUCAGAGGUACUGGACGGCUGGAGGAACCAUGAGGAAUGUACCGGUAGGUGCUGGUCGUCGUAAGAACAAGAAUUCUUCCUCUUCACACUAUCAUCAUAUAGUAAUGUCGGAUGCUCUCCAAACAGCUCGAGCUAAUACUGCAAAUGGAGUACAGCACUCUAGUUUGGGAAGCAAUGGCACGGUCCUUACAUUCGGCUCAGAUUCUCCUCUUUGUGAAUCCAUGGCUUCUGUGUUGAACCUUGCAGUUAAAACACAGAAGUAUGCUCGAAAUGGAUUGCAUAGACAUGAACAAAGAGUUAUGGUUUCUUCUGGAGGGGGAGAAAGUGCGGAUGACCACUCAAGUGGAUCUUCUAUUACAGCUUCAAACUCAUUAGAGAGGGGUGCCAAACCAGCAAUUAAGGAGCAUCAAGCAUUACCUCCUCAAGUACCAUGCUUCCCCGGGCCACCUUGGCCAUAUCCUUGGAAUUCAACUCAGUGGACAUCUCCUGUGCCCCCUCCUGCUUUCUGCCAUUCUGGCUUUCCAGUUUCAUUCUACCCUGCUCCACCAUAUUGGGGCUGCACUGUACCAGGCUCUUGGAAUAUGCCUUGUCUCUCCUCUCCAUCCUCUACUCUUGGCUACCCUUUGCCCAGCUCAGGACCGAAUUCUUCUACCUUGGGGAAACAUUCUAGAGAUGGGAACAUACUUAAUCCAGCUAGCUCACAGAAAGAAGAGCCUGUUAAAGAGAACAAUAAUUCAGAAAUAUCUGUUUUGAUUCCCAAAACAUUGAGGAUCGACGAUCCUAGUGAAGCUGCAAAAAGCUCCAUUUGGGCAACACUCGGUAUCAAGAAUGAGAAGCUCAAUUCUGUCAAUGGAGGAGGUCUUUUUAAGGUAUUUCAGUCAAAGGGAGAUGAUAAAAAUCAUGUUGUUGAAACAUCUCCAGUGUUGCAAGCCAACCCAGCAGCCUUGUCAAGAUCAGUCAGCUUCCAUGAGAGAACAUAAUUACUGCAAAACUCAAGUUGCAAAACUCUGGGGUGUAGUGGAUGUGGUAAAGGAGUUAAACCUGACUAGAAUGGCUUGCUGCUGACCAGUUAUGAUGCUUUUCCCUCAUAAGUCCAUGGUCUUUGGUCAGCCUCAAUUAAAGAACAGGUUUAGAAGCAAUCCAAUUUAUAAACAGGAGAAAAGUGUCCAACUUCACUUUGCAGGAGAGCACAGCUACGUCUCUUUAUCACAAACCUUUUCAUUUUUUUUUUUUUUUUUCCCUCUGUAACCAUAUGGUAUUUUUGCUUCCACCUUUAGGAGGUUUGUUGAGUUCGUAUCCUUGUACAUAUCUAAUAUAUGAUAUUGUGUAUUGUGAGUAUACCUAAUAAAGAGAGAAAAUUGGAUGGAAUAAA